AUGGGUCUGCUGACGCCCUGGUGGCUGCUGCUCCUUCUGGUCAGCUUUGGCUCACCUGCACACAGGUUUUCGGAUAAAGAUAUUUGCCUCCUAGACAACAAUAAAUUAAGACAAAGGUUAAAACAGCUUCAAGAUUUGCUUUUCCUAUAUGAACUGCAGCUGAAGGACAUUCUGGAGAACACUUACCAUAAAACGAAAAGCAGUCUGUUCUCAAGCUACAGGAGCAUGCAGCGUGAGACGCUUUUACCCACAACCAGUGGAAAUUUGAUAGUCUAUGACCAAGACUGCUCUGCGGUGUAUAAUAGGAAGAAGACCAAAAACGGCUACUACCGGAUCAGGCCCAGAGCAGAUCGAGAGCCUUUCCUGGUGUACUGUGACAUGUCUGAUGGUGGUGGGUGGACCGUAAUUCAGCGGCGGAGUAACGGCAAAGAGAAUUUCAACAGGAAAUGGGAUGAUUACAAACUGGGAUUUGGAAAAUUCCAAGGCAAGAAUGAUGAAUACUGGCUGGGCAACGACCACAUCUAUGACCUGCUCACUAGAGGAGAGAGCUCAUUAAAGAUUGACCUGAUGGACUGGCAUGGGGAAAGACGUUAUGCAGUCUAUGAAAAUUUCCAGCUCAACAAUGAGCAGGACAACUACAGGUUAUGGUUUGGCACCUAUUCCGGUAACGCCGGCGACGCUCUGUCUGGUGGGAGCAAUUUUGAAGACCAGUGGUCAGCCUCUCACAAAGGCAUGCAAUUCACCACAUCUGACAAGGAUCACGAUCGAUUCCUGGCAGGCAACUGCGCGUUGGAGAACAAGGGUGGUUGGUGGUUUAACAGGUGCCACGCCGUAAACCUCAACGGACGAUACUACAAAACAGGGAGGUACAACGGAUCCCACGACAACGGCAUCACCUGGUCUACGUGGCACGGGACGUGGUACUCGCUCAAAUACGUGGCCAUGAAAAUCCGGGCUCCGUUCUUUGUUGACAGUGAGAGUGGAGAUGGUGAGAACAGUCAGGGCGGCUGA